GCAGCUGGCCGUUUAUAAUUUUUGUCUCAUUUCCAGUGAACCUUCUCUAGUCACAUGCACAUCGAAAGCAUGCCACUUACGUACUAAUACUUUAUAGAAACAGUCAUCUUAUAGAUUACGACGUUUCUGACCAUCACUGUUCAGUCAAGUGCCUGUUCAAACCUAAACGGCACACAAUAUCCACGGUAGUGCUCAUGGCUUAGGUGAAUUAAUCGGACAAAUCGGUGCACUCGGGUGAACGAGCGAAUGACUAGUUCCGUGCUUCGUACUGAAAUGAUAAUCACGUAAUGAGCGUCUGGAAACAUUUUGUCAUCGGCCUGGCCGUACGGUUGGUGCUGUGUCUCUAUUCUGAAUAUCACGAUUCGGCGUUCACCAUCAAAUAUACGGAUAUUGAUUAUCAGGUGUUCACCGAUGGAGCUGAGCAUGUUCUUAAGGGAGCGUCCCCGUACGAUCGAGACACUUAUAGAUACACGCCUCUUGUUGCAUAUAUAGUGCUACCGAAUGUUCUCUAUCAUCCGAUCUGCGGGAAGUUACUUUUCAGCAUUGCAGACGUUGCGGUCGGUUGGUUUGUCUAUCAGAUGGUGGCAUUCGACAAAAAUCGUCGGCGAACCAACGCACCGAUAGCUGCAGCUGUCUGGUUAUACAACCCGUUCACGGUGGCGAUAUCUUCGCGCGGUAGCUUUGAGCCAGUUCAGUGUUGUCUCGUGCACCUGUCAUUAUGGCUAGCUCUCAAGAGAAAAUAUUUGCUGUGUGGCAUCGUGUGGGGAUUUUCAGUUCAUAUGAAAAUGUACACCAUUAUCUAUGGCUUGGCGUUCUAUAUUUGGGCUAACGUCUAUACAUCUGCAAGCGAACUAAGAGAUAUGAUUAUCCCGAACGGAUCUCGAAUCUUUUUCGGACUAGGAGCUCUGCUUGGAUUUGGAUUACCAACAGGAUAUUUCUACAAUGAAUAUGGAUAUAAAUUCCUUUACGAGACGUUGUUGUACCACCUUCAACGAGAGGACAUUCAGCACAACUUUUCGCCAAUGUUUUAUCCGCUCCGGAUUCUUUCCGAGAGUCCUUCGUAUGAGAACAACUUAAUUAAAAUGGCACUAUCAAUCUCUGUUACAAUUGUCCAGUUUGUGCUCGUGAUAAGAACCUCAUUCCGUUAUGCCGGUUCGCACCUGUCAUUCGCUUUGUUUACCCAGACGUGUUAUUUCGUUAUCUUCAACAAAGUUGCCACUUCACAGUACUUCACUUGGUACCUUUGCCUUUUACCCUUAGUGCUUCAUCGGUUGGCAUUUAGCCCGCUCGCGUGGGCAUUUAUAUUUGUGGCAUGGAUCGGCGCUCAAGCCCAAUGGCUCCUUCAAGCGUAUUAUUUCGAAUUUGAGCAACGGGAUAACCUUUUCAAUGUUUUCAUUGCAUCGAUCAUUUACGUUGUGUCGCACGCGACGUUAUUAUGGGCGCUCGUACGUCGAUACGACGCCACCAUCGCUAAAGAAGCUAUACUAAGCAAAAUAAAACGCAAAUAGGUGCGGUAGAAGUUAGUUCUUAAUUAAAAAAGAGAAAAAUAAAACACUUUGAAGAUUAUAGAGCUAGGUCCGUGGACAUGAAUAACGUAUAAUAUCGUGUAAAACCCUAAUAGCAGUUUCGAGGAGCAUGCUGCUCUUUUAGCAGACAUGAAGUAAAAAGCGGCCUUGAAUAAAAAUAAUAAAUGCCAUUUUUGUAUGUUUCGUAUCCAACUUAUCUCGUACUUGAGUAAAUGCACAAAUAAUUUAAAUAACCUUAUAUAUCAUGAAUGUAAGUUAGCUUUAUACUAUAAAUUGCUUUCAAUUAAAGUUAAUCAAUGUUUUAUAAUCUUAAUUCUUUUCGCUUGGCAUAGGACUUUAGAACAACUUCCUGUAAUUGUGUCUGUCAUCGUUACCUCCCACAUAUAUUUCACACUAAAUAAUUAUGCUCUUAUUCCACUAUGUAUAUUUAUGUUAAAAUUAUAUUCACUGCUUUCACUCCUGUCAGUUCUAUUUUAAUUACUGCUCAUCGAUCUAAUAUCAAUGGUUUUUCUCAUUUUUCUACUGGCUUGAACGGGCAUAAUCAAGAUACUAUGAAAUAAGACACGCCACUCUAAAAUAUUUAUCAAAAUUCACAAUUACUUCAGUUCAUUCUUUAUUAUUACUAUACAUUAUAUAUAUAUAUAUAUGAUUUCAAUGUCGUGAAUAUAUGAAGCAUCAAAGAAAGCAGAUAUUGCGAUGAUCAGCCAUGAUGCGCUGAUUGAUGAGUAGUUAUUGGUGUUUGAUGUGAUUAUGUGAUGAAUGCUUACGCGGGUGAUUUAUGAACACCUCUUCAGUCUAUAGACAAAACUCGCCCCAUUAACUUUUAAAUUCAUUGCCUGCGCAUUAUAUAGGCAAUAUUGAGUGGACGAGUGUAGCAAGGACGAGCUUGUCCUGGCUACCUUGUAUUCCGGCUGGUUGAGAAAAAGCCUUCGUAAAACACUGUUUCGGUGUACGUCUGUGUGUGUCCCUACAUUACUGUUCCGUUUAGUUCCGCCCAGCCUCGGCCUAGCGUUUGAAUAACACGCCCACUAUGGUAGCCAAUUAUGUAAUAAAAAUAAUAAUAAGAGUAAUAGUAAUUGGAGUUACAAUA